AUGUCUGAACCGUCCACCGCCACCGCUUACCCGUCGAUCCUUGGUUCGCCUGACUUCCAAGCGCUUUCAGCAAGCCUUGCCAAUGACGACGACCGCCAGUUUUUCACCAGCUUGAUUGACGACUCGGAAAAAUUAUUAUGGGUCUGGAAAGCGACCCUGUCCACUCCCAUUGACUUGAUUCUCAAAUCUAGAGGAGUCACGGGACCGAUUCGGGGCCUUACUACCGCCACCAUUGCCCAUUUAAACCAACAAGUCACGAAAAUGGAGGGCGAACACGAACAGGAAACCGAAAGAAUUAAAGCUAAACUUGACCCGGCCUUGGCUUUCUGUGACCCAGGUAGAUUCGCUAGCAAUUACAUGGAAAAUAAGCAAGAACUCGACGUCGAAAGGGCAGCUCACUUGUGUCGUGUGAACGCCCUUGUUGAUGCCAUCCCCGAUAUUAGUGCUGACACUCGUCAAGUGCUUCGGGAAGGCGUGGCUACAUUGAAACGGAUAAUGGACCCGCUCUACGUUGAAUGGGAGGCUCGGGCAUCUCAGAUUGUUGGCGACAGAUUACAAGACCCGAGAAUCCCUCGUCCCAUUUUGGGCGCCGCCCUCCUGAUGAUUUACGAAAAGGUAUUAGCUUGA